CAGGGACGUUUUUAAUGGAGGUUGAAUCAUAUGCGCCUUCAGAAUUUAUCUCGACCUCGAGCUCAAACCUAAUCACAUGAACCAGAGCAGAUAUCUUCUGCCUUGGUUGUGAACAGCUGUCGUAGAAAAAAAUCCCGGACUCUGAUGAUGCCCCCAUUUAGAUCAGGCAUAGGAGUGAAAGGUUCGGGCAGCAUCUUUCUGAUACCCGUGAUAAUGAUGAGCUCAUCUCAUCAGACCCGGAGGAACCCAGACACAAUUCCAUCAUCUCCGAUCGACAUCAACGCACCAGACUGCUGCAAUAUCUUCGCGCCCACAUUGAAAGAUAGUAAAUGACACGUGAAUCUGGGCGCCUCACAAUCAUGCCUCCUCCAGUCUUAAUGUCACAUCAUGCACCAGCUCACGAAAGCCAAGCGUAUGUUCCCCAGCUAACCCGCAAUACCAGCACCUCACCUCACCCAUCAACCGUCGGCCGAGCCAUUGUUCCACAAAACUCGCAUCAUCGAGAGACGAUCCCUGAUUCUUCCCCUCUCUUCACAGGCCAAUGUCAUGGCAGCAGCCCGGACUACGAAGGAACGCUGGACUCAGAAGUGGAUGAAGCAAAGGGCGUAAAAGGUCUAGACAACGGGACGAUUACUGGCGUCAUUCAAGCCCUCCACAUCAUCCAAGUUCAGGGUCUUUUUCAAAGCGGGCAGCAAACUGAGAGGCAAAAGGCUAAGCCUCAACACGAUGUGAGCAAAGCAGCAGCGAAGUGGAAACCAAAAGCAAUGACAAAAGAAUUGGGUCUUGCGGGGGUUGGGUUCGGUGUUCGUGGGCUUGUGGGCUGGUGGUCCUCCCUUGCGCGAACACCCUCGACCGCCUGGACCUUCUCCAGAACUGAGCUGAGCUGAGCUGCACGACGGCCGCUGCUUUGCGGAGACGGGAAGGGGACUUGAGGGGAAAGAUUGUCCAUCGAUCAGCGUGAGUCUAAAUCUCUCUGGGGAACAAACGCAAAACGGCGGCUGGGGCUGGAUUCAUCAGAGACAUGAAUCUCCACAGAUAAGCAGAAUGGCUCUUUUCGUCUGGCGUCUCACCCUCGAAAUCUAGGCAGUAGAUCCCGAUUCCCGUUCAUCAAAGGCAGGCAAAAGCAGCAGCGGCUCGUCCGCUGUUCUCAGCGAUGCGGCGGACGCCGGGGGAGGGGGUGGAGAAACAUGGGAGGAAGACGUCAAUAAGUCCGUUCGUCAUUCUUCCCAGACCUCCAACGAACCAUGCA